GUUCCCCACUACCACUACCAACUGCACCCCACACCAAACAACGCGACAAGCCAUGGCCCCAUCUGCAGCUACCCAGAGCUUCAAGCUCAACCACACGAUGCUCCGUGUCAAGGACCCCGAGGUGUCGCUCAAGUUCUACCAGGACGUCAUGGGCAUGUCCCUCAUCGAUGAGCACGACGGUGGCGACUUUAAGCUCUUCUUUUUGGCCUACGAGCACCAGAAUGUGGCGCACCGCGCACAGCGCGAGGGCAUCCUCGAGCUCACGUGGAACAAGGGCACCGAAAAGGACGACAAGUUUGCCUACCACAAUGGCAACGACGAGCCGCAGGGCUUCGGCCACAUUGCCGUCUCCGUCGACAACCUCGAGGAGUCGUGCAAGCGCUUCGAGGAGCUCGGCGUCCGUUUCAAGAAGAGGCCCCAGGACGGCAAGAUGCGGUCCAUUGCCUUCAUCUAUGACCCGGACAACUAUUGGAUCGAGAUCAUCCCCAACAUGACGUCCAAGUGACUCUCCAACAAGAUGUAGACGUAGCAGUCCGCCAUCAUUCCUGACUCUUUCUUCCGUAUGGCGGUAUCUUACCGGUAGUAGUAGCCAAUAAUGAGUAG